AAAACUUUCUCGAUCACAGUCUUAGCGCUAAGAAGCAGCAUCGCAAGCACACCUGGAUGCCUUCCUAGAUACAAACAAAUCCACGCCAAUCAACCACGCAUAAAACAACUGACCAACGCCAUUGACCAGCUAAGCACGCCAUGAUUUCUCUUCUUCUUGCCGCCCUCUCCAUCCCUAAGCACGCCAUGUAAUUGUAAUCCCGUUCUUCCCCGCUGACCUGCGGCCGGGCGCACGCAGAGCUCGCUCGCGUUGACGACGCCAUUGAUCGACCGGCAGGUGGCAGCAGGACGCGGAAGCAGCGAGCUCGAUCGGGCCAGCCACGAGCAGCGGCGAUGAACGCGCCGCCGGGCGACGACGGCGGCGGCGCCGCGCGCGGCAUCUUCGGGUCGAGCGGCAUCAGCGGGUUCGGCUACGGCGUGGGCGUCUCCGUCGGCAUCCUCCUUAUCGUCUCCAGCAUCGCGCUCGCCGUCUACUUCUGCACGCGCACGUCCAUGCCCGUCGCCGCCGGAGGCGCGCCGCCGCGCCCCGGCGACGUCGAGCGGGGCAUCGACGAGGCCACGCUCGAGGCGUUCCCCGUGGUGGCGUACGCGGAGGCCAGGAAGGCGCCGGCGGCGCGGCGGCAGCAGCAGCAGGCGUGCUGCCCCGUCUGCCUCGACAACUACAGCGACAGCGACGUGGUCCGGGUGCUCCCCGACUGCGGCCACCUGUUCCACCGCGCGUGCGUCGACCCCUGGCUCCGGCAGCGCCCCACGUGCCCCGUCUGCCGGACCUCGCCGCUGCCCAGCCCCAUGCCCACGCCGCUCGCCGAGGUCACGCCGCUCGCGUCCGCACGGCCGUCGUGAGGGUUCUUGCGCUCGUGGCUUUUCUGCUCUCUGCUUCGAUUCUGCUACUUGGUCUCAGCAAUCCAUUUCAUGCGUACACAUGCAUAGCACGGUGUAAUUAGGGGUGUGUUCAGCUUAAUUAGGAGGUAGCACAAAAAUUUGUUUCCUUUGGGGGUGUAAAUUUUAGUAGAAUAGUGUAGGACAGUUAAGAGGUUUUGGUCUCUGAAGAAUUUGAAAUGAGAGCACAAAUUACAUGU